AUGACUCAACUGCCAGAGGCUGAAAAGGAAAAAAUAGCCGAGCAAGUGGCUGACUUCAAAAAAGUCAAGAGUAAGCUUGAUGCAGAGAUUGAAAUAUGGGAUGAUACCAGCAACGACAUCAUUGUUUUGGCCAAGAGGAUGUGUGUGAUUAUGAUGGAGAUGACAGACUUCACAAGGGGUAGAGGACCACUGAAGAACACAUCUGAUGUAAUUAAUGCAGCAAAAAUGAUUUCGGAGUCAGGAUCGAGGAUGGAUGUCCUAGCACGGCUGAUUGCCAAUCAGUGUCCAGACCAGUCGUGCAAACAGGAUUUGUUGGCUUACCUAGAACAGAUCAAGCUCUACUCCCAUCAGCUCAAAAUCUGCAGUCAGGUUAAAGCAGAAAUCCAGAACCUCGGUGGAGAGCUCAUCAUGUCUGCUUUGGAUAGCGUCACUUCACUAAUUCAGGCUGCCAAAAACUUAAUGAACGCUGUGGUGCAGACAGUGAAGAUGUCCUACAUUGCGUCCACAAAGAUCAUCAAGAUUCAGAGCCCUACUGGCCCACGACAUCCUGUGGUGAUGUGGAGAAUGAAGGCUCCAGAGAAGAAGCCCCUAAUUAAAAGGGAGAAACCAGAAGAAAUCUAUGCGGCUGUCAGAAAAGGUUCUACAAAGAAGAGGAUCCAUCCUGUUCAAGUCAUGAGUGAAUUCAGAGGCAGAGAAAGAGUCUAAUAUUCUCCCACUUUUUUUGUUUCUUUCUUGAUUUUCUGACCAUUUUUCAUCUUUUCUCCCACUUAUUUAAUAUAUGUUAAUGUUUCGCUUUUCUCUAAAUCUGUAAGAUUACACCUGCUUAAAUGAUUUG